ACGGGCUGUGGAUGUGGAAGGCAGGGCGGGGACGGACCUCCAGGGCUGUCAGCCCAGGGCUGGGUUAAUCGCCCGCCCCAGAGGAGGAUGCACGUUCCCCAGAGAGACCCCCGGAGACCCGCCCCGGCGCUGCUCAGUGCCCACAAGGGCUCGUGCGAACAGCGGCCCGCUCCGCAGGGCGGCCCCGGGUUCAAAUCCUGCGGGAACGGCGGGGUGCGUGGCCCUUCCCCGCCGCUCCCGGCCCCGGCAGCCAGGCCGCGGCUCCCUCCCUCCCUCCCGCCCUGCGGGCCGCGCUCGCUCUGCUCCGCCCGGCAGCGGGGCCGGCCCGUGGCGAGGCGGCGCCGGGACUCUGCCCAGCCCGCAGCGGGAGCGGGGCUCGGCCGGGCCGGGCCCGCGGGAGCAGCCCCGCCCGGGGGCGCCAUGGCCGAGCGGGCCGCUGCCCAGGCUCCAGAAUGGGAUGCAGAGUUGGUGCCUUUGCAGCCACCUGCUGGCCCUGAAGAAAUUCCCCUUAGAGAAACCCAGCUGCACAUGACCAUGGAGGCUGAAGUUCAAGCCAUAGAGAAGAAGGUGGAUUCUCAGGCCACGCAGUUGCUGAAUCUGAAUGGGAGAAUGGGGACAGCUGAGAAGAAACUAGUCAGCUGUGAGGAAACAAUGGUGGAGUUUGGAAACCAGCUGGAGAGUAAGUGGGCUGUGCUGGGAACUCUGAUCCAGGAGUAUGGGCUGCUGCAGAGGAGGCUGGAGAACAUGGAGAACCUGCUGAAGAACAGGAACUUCUGGAUCCUGAGGCUCCCCCCAGGCGCUAAGGGAGAAUAUGCAGCGCUUGUGAUUUCAGUCCCAGUGUCGUCUGAUGCAUCUCUGUAUUUCUCUGAGCAGGGAUGGGAGAGUGCAGCCAAAUGGCAGAAGGAGCUUUGCGAGAACGUGAUGAAGGGGAACUAUGAGACUCUGGUCUCCCUGGACUCUGCGAUUUCCAAACCCAGCAUCCUGUCCCAGAUUGAACGAGGACAGGAGCCAUGUGUUGGGGAUGAGCCAGAAGAGACAGAAAUCCCCACGGAGCCCAGCAUGGACUCUCCAGUUCCUACACAUGAGAUUUCAUCCUGGAUUAAACAGGAGGAGGAGCUGCAUAUCCAGGAUCAGCAGGACUCGGAGGAGAGAGAGAUCCCUGAAGAUCUUAGAAUGGCAGAUGCUGAGCUCACGAUCAAAACAGAGGAGCAACGCCCCGAAGAAGGCCCUAGCGACCUGGAGCUUCCUGGGCCGUUGCCAGGACGAGCAGAGGAGGGAGCUUUCCAGGAUGCUGAACAGGAAGCAGCCGUUGAGAGUCCUCGCACUUCGGUCAGCUCUCCAGGCAACACCCUGGGGGAACUUACUCAGCAUGAAAGAGAACUCAAACCUGUUGCUGCCAAGCUCAGGGGCGAUGCAGGAAUAGCCCCCAAUGCGUGUGCCCAAUGUGGGAGGAACUUCACUCGAAAGGACAUUCACCUGUCGCAGGAGAGACUCCACACGGGUGAGAGGCCCUACACCUGUGCUGACUGUGGGAAGAGCUUUAGGCUCAAGAUCAGCUUUGUGAAGCACCAGAGAUGCCACACCAAGGAGCGGCCCUAUCCAUGUAGCGAACGCCAGAAGAGCUUCAAGCGCCACUCGGCGCUCAUGCGGCACCAGACGAUCCACAGGGGAGAGCGGCCGUAUGAAUGCGACCAGUGCAACAAAAGCUACAGCCGCAAGGAGCACCUCCAGAACCACCAGCGGCUGCCCACCGGGGAGAGGCCCUUCCAGUGCGCCGCCUGCGGGAGGAGCUUCAGUCAAAAGUUCGUGCUUGUCUCGCAUCAGCGGAUCCACACAGGGGGGUGGCCUUAUAAAUGCACAGAGUGUGGGAAAGGCGUCGGUGAGAAAUCCAAGCUGGCCAGCCACUGCAGGAGCCACACCGGUGAAAAGCCCUACAGCCGCGCCCAGUGCGGGAAGAGCUUCCGCCCCAAGGUGAGCUUCGUAAGGCACCAGACGAGCCAUGGCAGUGAGAAGCCCUACCCGUGCGCACAGUGCGGCAAGAACUAUGGUUACCUCUCCAGCCUCCUCCGUCGCCAGCUGAUUCACGCGGGGCAGCGGCCACAUCAGUGCAACAAGUGCGGCAAAAGCUAUGCCAAGAAAUACCGCCUGCGGAAUCGCCAGCGUGUCCACCUGGACGAAGGAUCGGAGCGGCGCAUCCCCUGCGGGAAGAGCGUCUCGGGGAAGCAGGACCUCCUAAGCCACCAGCAGAGCCGUGCCGACGGACGCCAUCCGUGCGCCUCGUGUGGACAAAGCGUCUGGCUCGUGGAGAGCGGCUUAAAGCACCAAAGAAACCACAGCAGGGAGAAGCCCUACGAAUGCAGUGACUGGCACUUGAAGCUCUUCCCGCAGUCGGAGCUCACCCGCCACCGGAGAGUCCACACGGGGGAGAGGCCUUACAAAUGCACCAAGUGUGACAAAAGCUACAGCCAGAAGUACCAUCUCCUCCAGCACCUGCGCGUUCACACGGGGGAGCGGCCCCAUCAGUGCAGUGACUGUGGGAAGAGCUUCAUCCAGAAAGAACAUCUCCUGAAACACCAGCGGAUCCACGCUGGAGGGAGGCCUCACCAGUGCAGCGAAUGCGGGAGAGGCUUCCGAUAUAAGCAGUUGCUGAAAGACCAUCAGAGGGUGCAUGGAGCAGAGCCAGAUCACCUGGAGGCUUCCCCAAAGACUGAAGCCUGGGUUCCUUAAUGCAGACAUAGGUUCCAGCCUGCCACAUAUCUUCCAACAAGCAAAGCAAAUACAAUACAGCGAGUUAACACACUCACCGUGCCCUGAUCUGGCAAGCACUUACAGGCGUGAUUAACUUUAAGCAUGUGACUUCCAUGGGACCAGUCACAUCCUUAGUUUUUGCAGGUUCGGUCUCCAUGUCUGUAUUUAUCAUAUAGCAGCCAAAGCUACAGAACCACCUGAGCGCUGGAGGAACAUUCACUGCCAGAGAUCGCUCACCCUUGGAGCUGGGAGGGAGACCUGAGCCUAUGUGGCAGACUCGGCUAAACUGGAAACUGACUAGAAACUUUUGAUAGCUAGAUUCCUCCGCGUGCCCCCCCCCCCCCCGUGUACAGCAGGGGGGUGUCUCAUAUCCUGCAGCUGGUGUCUUGUUAGAAUUCUCAUCACAGAUUUGUUUUAUAUGUACAGUUUGUGUAUGGCCCCCAUGGUUUCAGGUUUGCACAUGUCCAUUCUCUUCUAGCUAGGAGCUGUAGGCUACUUUGUGGUUUACCACUGUUCCUCUGUGUAAAGACUCUAUGGAAAGAAUGGAGGGUAAGUGACCUAUUGCUCACUUGCAUGUCGUUUUCUAGAGACCGGACAGGACUGCUCAUGCAUGGCCCUGGGGGCUGGAGCCAGCCCUAUCCUGGCCACUAAAAAUAGGUUCUUUGGGUGAGCAUAGGAUUGGAAGUCCUGCAUUCUAAUCCUGGCUCUGCCUGUCUGGCCUUGGACUGUGCCUCCGUGGCCAUGCUUGUACAUGACUUUGGAUAAUGUGUGACUUUGUUACAUUCAUUGGUAAUAAACUAAACGUGUUUGAUUUCCUAAAUAAUUGGUUUAAACUGAGUUUUGAGUAACUGUCAGUGAUAACGAGAGUCCAAGAGGUGGCGAUUCCUACGUAUGAGCCCAGGCCGCUCAGACAGAUGCUGGGAGGAAAGCAGGGCUUACAACCCCAGGGCUCUUAGUGGGAACCACCCUCUUGGUGCUCCCAAACCUACUGAAGUCAUGAAGGGCAGGACACUGAAGAUGGACAGGCAAGUGCAAGCUGCACUCUGCCCCCAGUCCCGUCUCGAGUGCUUUUUACUCUCUUACAAAGGAGAAGUGUUGAUGCAUUUUGAACCAAUGUAUGACACUAAAUAAUAAAGGAGCAGGUGCAAGACAUUGUG